CGACACGGCGCAUCAAAGGCACGAGAUCACCGAGGCUGAUAGAGCCCGAACCGAAGCAGCAGCAGCGGCAGGAACAGGUCGAGAAGCACCGAACCCCGCAGACGCGCCAGUGCACCGAAUCCUGCGGAAACAAGAUGCUCCAGUUCGGCGGCAGGGUGCGCGGAGUUCCCGCACUCGUCUCUCUGAUUCUGGUGGCGUUGGCGGCGGCAUCAUCUGAUCUGUUUGACAACCAACUGGGCGAUAUCAAUUACUGCAAAAAGCAAUGCCAGAUGUCCAUCAAAAACAAAAGCCCCGCCAAAGACUCCAUCAUGAAUGCCUGUCACCGCGGCUGCCGGCUCUACUCCAUCUGCCAGUUUGUUAACGGAAAUACAGGCAUCAAUACCAGCAAGGAAGAGUGCCAGGGAGCCUGCCAGGAGGCCUACAGUAAACUGCUGGAGCAGGAGGCGUGCAGCACGGGGUGUGCCAGCCAGCCCGCUGAGCCGGAGAUCAAACGGAGAAAGCUCAAGGCUCUGACCAACCGUCCCAAGCCCAUCUCUGUAAUGGAGGCCGUGUCUAGUUGGUGCAAUGACAUCGUCAGCUCUGCCCAGAGCUUUAUUUCUUCCACCUGGACCUUCUACUUGCAGGCCGACGAUGGGAAGGUUGUUGUGUUUCAGAGCCAGCCAGAGAUUGAGUACUCCUUGCCUGAGCUACAAGCCCCGCGCUCCAACGUGGUUGACAAACCCUGGCCUCAAAUCAACUCCCACACACAGCGGCCACAUACUGGUGGGCGGUCACAUAGGGAGAGGAAUGCAGCAAAACCUGGGGUGAAAGGAAAGAACGCCAGCCAACAUGCCGAGGACCCAGCUGCUGAGCACGACUUCCUGGGAUGCAUGUCAAGGCGCUCAGGACUGCCACGUUGGAUUUUAGCUGCGUGCCUCUUCCUGUCCAUCAUGGUGAUGCUGUGGCUGAGCUGUGCCAGUCUCGUCACGGCACCCGAACAGCACAUCAAGACUCAGCUCAGCAUCAACGGGGAUAAAGAGUUCAUGGAUGACACUCAAAAGGUCAACCCUUACCACCUGACCCCAGUGAUCGCGAUGACAAUCGGCCAAUCAGAAGAGAGCAAGGAGGCGGGGCCACUUCCAGUCAAGGUCGACCUCAGCAAAACAUCUCUUUAAAAGCACCGAAGAGGUCGACGCUUUUGACGACUAGGGUUUAUCUCCAGAGCUAUUUCUCGCAAUUUAAGAGGAAGUGACAUCAUUUUUCUAAAUAAAAAUAAUACAACUGCAUGACGCCAUUUAUUAUAUCGGUUACAACGUACGUCCUGUCUGAAUACUAGUCUCCUCACUGAAUUCGCAGAAAGAACUGUAGUAUAGGUGCUUGUUCACAUAAUGUACUAACACGUUUUCGACUAUAAUAUAUACAUACACUAGUUAACGUCAUGAGCAACGUCGCAAUGUUUCUUAUCGCUAAAUGCACUGUAUAAACACGGGCUCAGAUGUUAAGUCACGCCACAACCUCAAAGAAUGGUUAUUUGUCAAGCUUUAGGGCCUUUAAUACUAUGAGAAACGUUUAGUUUGGCGAUGAAUGCUUUCAAAGCGCCCCUCCUUGUUAUUAAUUAGCGUCGCAAUAUAAGCUUUGAAGGUGAUCUGUCGCACUCGUAGAUUCUCGCUUUUGAUGUGAAACGAGCAACAGGAAAAUUAAAUGAAGCCAAUUAGCGAAAGAUCUGGUUUCGUAACGUCGUUUACAAAACACAAGUGCAUCCUUUGAACUGAUAUGUAAUCAAACUGACAAGGACUCUUAAUUGCUUUACAGAUUGUGAAUGCGGUAGUUUGCUGGAUUUUGUUCAGUUGUACAGUUAAAUAAAGAAUAAAACGGCUGUUUUGUACACAGGCAGGUAUUGAGGCGAAUUCUUUUUUUCCAUAUGCAUAAUUACGCGUCCAUACUAAGCCUGCCUAAACUACUCGCAUUCAUGUCAAGGAAGCAUGAUGUGUAUUUAUUGAAUUAUUUAUUUAUGUAUUUAUUCAAAAGAAUAAAGCAGCGCCUGUAGUCUUUUAGCUCUCGUUUAGAUAGCCAAUUGAUUUGUAUGUUACAUAAUCAUAAUCCUUUAUAGAGAGGAAAAUGCUUGCUGUUCAGACCGAAUGUGAAUUGUUGUAUUAUUCCGAUGCCGUUUCCCCCUUAAAUAUUCUCCAUCUCUGCCCGGUUUAUUGUGGGUGGAGUUCGGGGCGGGUUUUAAAUGCCCAGCCACCAGGCUUUGACAAAUAUCUUUUUGUAACUAGACUCUAGGAUUGAGGAGCUUUCAUGGCACUAUUUGUCUUGUGCUGCUAUUCGCCCCAUUUAAGCCCAGCCACAGUGCAUGCUAGUACGCUAUGAGACAUUGAAUAUAUCGUCCCAUCUAUUUUGGAAACAAACUGCUGUACGCUCGUGAUCUUUGUGUUUUUGCUUAAUGUUCUGUAGGCAUUGUAAUUAUGACCAUAGAUUACUAAGAAGAGGUGAGAUUCCUUACUUAUAAGCCAUUUAAUAUCUACUGGUUCAUCGUUACUGUAUGAAAUACAAGUCGGUAAUAUCUUUUUAUUUAUUUCUUUUGAAUGGUUUCCCAAAAGAAACUCCAUAAUAUCAGACAAAUAAAGUGUUUUCAUGUUGUAA